UGCAUAUGUAUCCAGCCACCCCACGACUUUCGAGUUCCCAAGAUUCAAACUAUUACGUACGUGCAAAGAAAAAAUAAUCCCUCUUCAACCGUUGAACAGGAGAGGCUGCUAUAAAUAUCUCAUCACCAAUUAAUUGCCAUCCCCAUCGCAACUAUCUUUCCAGCUAAUUAAUCCGCAAACGAUCGAUAAAAAAGCUCUGAAUCCGAUGGCUUGGAGAAUGCUAGAGGCAAGCUUGAGGUUGGUCGUGCUAUUCAUUGCGAUAUCCGCAUCUGCAGCCCAAACCCCAGCAAUCCUGGACACAAGCGGGCAGCCUCUGAGGCGCGGGGUGGACUACCUCAUUCUGCCCGGCGUGACCGACGUUGCCGGCGGGCUCACGCUGCAGCCUCGCAACGCAACUGCUAGCUGCCCGCUGUUUGUGGCGCAGGAGCCCCUAGCCCAGGUGGUGUCGCAGGGGCUCCCGGUCUCCUUCGCCCCAUUCGCCGCCGGGGAGAAUGUGGUCAGGGAAGGAAGGGACCUGAUAGCUACCUUCUCGGCGGCCACCACCUGCGUGCAGUCGACGUCGUGGGGGAUCGGCGAAGAGGAUGCGCAGAGCAGGAGGAGGUUCAUUGUGACGGCCGGACAGCCUUCCUACUUCCGAAUCGAGAGGAACGCCACCACCAAUGCGUACCAGAUCGGGUGGUGCCCCGGGGAGUCGUGCCCCAACUGCGGCAGGCCUAGGUGCGGAGCUGCUGGCAUUUUGAUUCGCGAUGGGAGGAGGUUCUUGGCCCUCGAUGGCCCUGCUUUUCCUUUCCGUUUCAUGAGGGCUUGAAUAUAUAUAUAGUCAAAUAUUGGGUGCGAUUCCAAUAUAGUAAUAUUAUUUAUUAAAUAAAAUGUUGUGAUAGAUUGUUAUCUCCACGCUGAGUAUGUAUAUACUCAUAUAUUCAUUUCAAGUUUAAAUUUAUUUCAAGGGUUACUAGUAUAAAUUGUCUCUACACUAUGUUAUGGGAACACUACAGGAAAAAAGAUCAUCUAAUCACAGGUAAAUCUUGUGUUCGAAAGUGUGUUUUCCGUUUUAAUACAUAGUUUUAGUCACA